GGCGCCACACCGCUACCGGCCGCUAACACAGACUCGCGUACAACAAGGCUACGACCUCAGGGGCUCGCCUGUCGUGAAACACGUGCUUUAUACAAUCUACGUAAAGUGAGAAAGUGAGUUUUGUUAUAAUUAGACUGACUUAAAAGUGAGCAUGAGUGACAGUGAACCCCAGGUGACGACUUUGUAGCGUGUGUUGUGAAUUUAUAAUGACAACUAUGUUUUACUUACGCAACGUUCAAACAGACUUUUGUCACUUUUUGUUACGAAAUAAUAAGUUUCAACUGCUCAAAAUUCAGUGCCACUUAGUCUUUAAUCCCGCUUAAGAACAUUUGACAACACGAAAUGGCUUUGUUGAGGGAAUAUUUACUGUUAAUUUUUAUAAUAUCAUGGCAGUUUGACAUAUUAAUAUCGGCUUGUCCAAAAAUAUGUGAAUGUAAAAAUAAUUCAACGUCCUGUGAAUGGUGUUCGUACAAUGUGUUUAUUCAUGAAAAUAAAAAUAACUUCAAUGUAGAAGUCUGCUGCGAAAAAGAUUCAACACUGUUUCACUGGUUACAAAACAAUACGAACAAAACUUUCACGGAAGUCGUAAUACAAUACAAAAGUACGUGUAAUACGAGCAAAGUUGAGCUCGAUUUUCCUCAACUGGAUACAUAUUCAAUUACCAUGAUGAAUAAUAACAUAACAAGUUUUCGUCUAAAUAUAAAUACGAACAAUAUGAAAGAAAUGGAUUUCACUAGCAACAGAUUGGAAUAUAUAAGUAAUGGACUAUUCAAUAACUUUACGAACCUACGAAAAUUAAUUUUGCGUCGAAAUUUAAUUGCGAUAAUCCAAGAAAAUAGUUUUUUGAGACUCACAAAAUUGGAAACAUUGGAUCUAUCUGAAAAUCAUCUAACAGUAUUGACUAACGUUUUUUAUCCAUUAAAAAAUCUUCAACAUCUAAAUUUAAGUCGUAAUAAUAUACAAUUUAUUCACGACAACUAUUUCAAUAAUUGGUUACUGCAACAUUUAGAUAUAUCACAUAAUAAUCUAAAGAAAGUGACUCCUGGAGCAUUACAACAAUUACCUAAUCUCGCACGGCUGCUUCUGACAGAUAACCCGCAUUUGGGGAUCACACAGUUGGAUACACAGCUUUUAGUUGGUACCGGUCGCAGGCUACAACAAAUUGAUGCAUCGAGAACCGGUCUUUGCCAAGUUCCUGAAGCGUUCACGCAUUCUGUACGAUUUCUAUCUCUCGUGGGAAAUAAAAUUACAUCGAUACGAUGUGGUGAUCUUGAUAGUUACCCCCUAUUGCAGUCAUUGGACUUUUGUGAUAAUAAAAUUAUAUCUAUUGAGGAUGAUUCAUUGGGACGUCUGGAAAUGCUAUUGUUUUUAAAUAUUAACAGAAAUCUUUUAUCAUCAGUACCAAGAUCACUACCAGAUGGUUUGGAGUACUUAUCAAUCAAUGAAAACUCUAUAAGCAAUCUUUCAAAACCAGACUUUAAGGAUUUAAAACAUCUUCGAAUAUUGCUGUUAAAGGAUAACCAAAUAAAUUAUAUUCAAGAUCACAUUUUUGACGACUUACUUUCCUUAGAAAUGUUAGAUAUUUCUAAUAAUCCAAUAAAAAUGUUAUCACCAAGCACAUUCGAUGGGCCACUAUAUCUUCGGGAUUUAAGGCUUUGUCAUUUAAAUACAUCUGUACCCGAAAAAGAUGGGUCGUUUCCUUUGUCAUCGCCAGAAAGCGUUCAAAUGCUUCAUCUUCAAUCUAGCCCCGGCUUAGCGCGGCAAUUGUUAUCUGACUCAGCGGCAUUAGCGGCUUUUUCACAUCUACAGUAUUUAGAUUUGAGAAUGAACAAUAUAUCAAAAAUACGUAGUGAUCUUUUAUUUUAUUUGGGACAACUGAAAACAUUAAGACUACAUGGUAAUAAUAUAAAUUGUAGCACAGAACUAUGGCUUUCAGACUGGAUGAAAUGGAAUCAAAGUCUCGUAAGUACUGAGACCUGUUAUUAUUCUACAUUAGAAUCCAAAGCAGAGAUGUCUAAAUACAACUGUACUUUUCCUGAAUCGUUUACCUUAAGUGAAAGCUUACCACCCAUAAAUUUAUAUAGUACAGAAAUGAUAAAUAAGUUAUUAAGAUACUAUGGUUAUUUAAAUAAUAAAACCGAGAAUUUUGAAAAUACCAGCAAGGUAUUACGGAGCGAAAAACAAUUAAAAAACAACAACAUAAACAGAUCAGAAUAUCAUAAUAUUAACAAUGGAUCAUUAGUUAAAGACCUUCCAGAUAAUAAAGUACUAUUGCAUGACUUUUUAAAUGAAAUAUCAAAUAUGAAAGAUAAAGGAUCGUCCAAAAUUUUAGAUCAAAACAAAAUUCAAAAAGAUCAAUUAAAUUCGAACCGUAGAUUUUUAGAUAUCACAUCGCAUGUAUCGGUAAGGAUUCAGACAGAAAAAAAAGAUUACAGACAGAUCACAGCGGUCCGUAGCGAGGAAAUAUCUGGAAAACGUUUAAAUACACCGGUAAUGACAACAGAAUCUAAACCAAUAACUAGGUUUACUGAAAAUCAAAAUAUUCAGGAUGCCGAUGUAAGCGAGGUUAACACGGUUAAUCCGAAUGUUCGAUUGAAAUAUUCAUCGCACCAAGGAGUUUAUAUUAACUAUGCUCAGAACAUUGGCAUGGCUUCAGUAAUUAGUCUCAUGUUAGUUUCCGUUAUACUGUGGGCGAGUUUUCGUUUGAGGUAUAAGAGAAGACAGCUACGAGCUUUGAAUACUGAUAUGGAGGACCAAAUAGAAGUGUCAAAUAUAUCGGGUGGAGUGUUGUGGUGACAUCUUCGUGCAGCCGAUCCAACGCCCUUUGAAUAUGAUUCACUCUUAACGUAGCAAUCAUUGGGUGGCAAUCGGCUGCAGUCAGUUGGAUUAUUUGUGAUAAAUCUUAACGUACAUAUUUUUCUAUGAAAUAAGUACAAAUAGAGAGCUAUUCUAAGCAAAUUGGUUAGAUUUUAUCAAUGUAAAUAAUGUAAACAUCAAUCGAGCGUCGUAGGAUGUAAUUAUUGUAAACAAAUAUUUUGUAAAAAAAAACAUUAAUUGGUUGUAACUGACUUCAAUGUUUUUUGACUGUAAAUAAAUUACUAAUGAUUGUAUAGAAUAACAUUAAUGUCGUAAUGCGUUCGCUCGUUAUUAUAAAAUAUAUUCUCAAACAAGAAUUUUAAUAGUUCAAUAUCAUGAUAAACGUAUAAAUGACAAGUGUAGUUAAUACAUAUAGUCCAGUCACUUCAAAUCAGUGAAAGGCUUUUAUGUAAAAUGAUUUUUGUUUUACAUGUUUAUGAUUUUGGAACUAUUUUAAUAUUAAGCACUUUUAAACUAUGGGCGUGGCGCAUUACAGACUAUUGUAAUAUAAUGUUAAAGAAUUCGCAAAGAUCAUGUCUUCCCUAAUUCUCUUAGAAUAACUAUGUACAAUACUUCAUAUGUCAUGACAUUGUGCCAAACUGUUAUUUUGGUUUUCCCUUUAUGUCAUAUAAGUAAUACAAUAAUCCUUUGGUAUGUAGAUCAAUAUACAAUCAUAAAUAAAGUUUACUUUCUAUUGACACAUGUAUUUUGUAUAAAUUUAGUAACAUAUUCAUAAUUAUAACUGUCAUAGUAAAGCAAAUAUUCGGCUUCAUUGAUUGUAUCAAACAUAUGCUCGGUUAUGGAUUAGUUAAGUGUAUUUCAUACGCAUCACUGAAACCAAGGUUGUAACUCAAUAUAUAUAAUAAUAUCAAUAUUUCAAAUUGUGUGUAGAUAUAUGUUUUUACUUUAGUGUAGACUACGGUGUACAAACGC